GCAGUCAGCUAGCCCAGGAGUGUGCGGUGUAACCCAGGCGAUGCCUGCGGUGGCCACCAGAGAUGUGGCAAAGAUGCUGUUGUCUGAGUGAAGGGAGGCCAUUUGGACACAGACACAGGGGCUUCAGCUGGGAGAAGCAGGGGCAGAGGUUCAGAAACUGGCAGGCAGCCUGGACCUCCCUGGAACCGCAUUCCACAAACCAGGAAAAACUUAGCAAGUGUGGUUUCGAUUUCGAUUCUCCUUCUACUGACUCUUAGUUGAAAGGUGAGGUGUGGCUUAUUUUCGUCUCAUCAAGAGUGUUUACCAGGAGCCAGACCGGGAGCAGAGCCCUAAAGGUGAGCCUGGGCAGCAGAGAACUUGGCCUUGACUGGGGCGCCCUGGCCGGUUACCAUGGCAACUGAAUUCACCAUGAAGGCCCCCGUGUGUCUAGUCGAAAAUAGGAAAGAGCAAAUGAUAGUGAAUCCCAAAGCACUGGAGAUUCUUAACCAGAUAUCUCAACCUGUAGUAGUAGUGGCCAUUGUGGGAUUGUAUCGUACAGGAAAAUCCUACCUCAUGAAUCGCCUUGCUGGACAGAAACAUGGCUUCCCUCUGGGCUCCACCAUAGAAUCUGAAACCAAGGGCAUCUGGAUGUGGUGCGUGCCCCACCCCUCCAAGCCAAACCACACCCUGGUCCUCCUGGACACUGAGGGCCUGGGCGAUGUGGAAAAGCGAGACCCUAAGAAUGACUCCUGGAUCUUUGCCCUGGCCGUGCUUCUGAGCAGCACCUUUGUCUACAACAGCCUGGGCACCAUCAACCACCAGGCCCUGGAGCAGCUGCACUUUGUUACUGAACUCACAGAGUUAAUCAGGGCAAGAUCUUCUCCCCCAUCUGAUGAGGUAGAGGACUCGGCAGAGUUUGUGAGUUUCUUUCCGGACUUUGUGUGGGCUGUGCGGGAUUUCACCCUGGAACUGAACUUGAAAGGACAGCCCAUCACAGAAGAUGAGUACCUUGAGAAUGCCUUGAAGCUGAUUCCAGAAACAAAUGCCAGAAUCCAAAAUGCCAACAAGCCUGUAAUGUGUAUCAGGUAUUUCUUUCCAAAACGGAAGUGCUUUGUCUUUGACCGGCCCACAAAAGAUAAAAAUCUCUUAGCCCGUAUGGAAGAAGUGCCAGAAGACCAACUGGAAUUGAACUUCAAGAAGCAGUCAGAAAAAUUCUGCUCUUACAUCUUCACACAUGGGAAGACAAAGACCCUGAGACAGGGAAUCAUUGUCACUGGAAACCGGCUGGGCAGUCUGGUGGAGAUGUACAUAGACACCAUCAACAGCGGAGCCGUCCCUUGCUUGGAGAACGCAGUGACGACUCUGGCCCAGCGUGAGAAUGCUGCAGCCGUGCAGAAAGCAGCCGAGCACUACAGCAGGCAGAUGGCCCAGCGACUGGUGCUCCCCAUAGACACGCUCCAGGAGCUGCUGGACGUGCACGCAGCCUGUGAGAGGGAAGCUAUUAAAAUCUUCAUGGAGCACUCCUUCAAGGAUGACAACGGGGAAUUCCAGAAGAACCUUUUGGAAACCACAGAGCAGAAAAAGGAAGAGUUCCUGCUGCAGAAUGAAGAGGCCUCUGUCAAAUACUGCCAGGCUGAGCUUACACGGCUCUCAGCGUCCCUGAUGGAAAGUAUUUCAAGAGGAGUUUUCUCUGCGCCUGGAGGCCACCGUCUCUACUUAGAAGCAAGAAAAAGGAUUGAAGAGGAGUAUGAGCUGGUGCCCAGGAAGGGAGUGAAGGCAACUGAGGUGCUCCAGAGCUUCUUGCAGUCUCAGGCAGCAGCAGAGAACUCCAUCCUGCAGGCAGACAAAGCUCUCUCUGAUGCACAGAAGGCCUUAGCAGCUGAGGAGGCCAAGAGGGAGGCCGCUGAGAAGGAAAAGGAAGUGCUAAGACAGAGGGAGCAGGAAAUGCAGCAAAAGAUGGAGGCUCAAGAGAGAAGCUUCCAGGAGAACAUCGCUCAACUGAAGGAGAAGAUGGAGCGGGAAAGGGAGGACCUCCUCAGAGAGCAGGAGAGGAUGCUGGAGCACAAGCUGAAGGUUCAAGAAGGCAUGCCUACAGGAUUUAAAGGGAAUGCUUUUAAGUUAAGUAUAGAGAUAAGUUGGCUAAUAGAAGGCAUUGAAGAAACAGUAAAUAACGCACCAAAAUGGAUUAGACCAUUCCUUGAUGUCAUAGGUAAAUUGCUUGCUACAGUACUAACUUUGCUUUCAGAAUUUUUUGUUUCAAGGAUUAUAAACCAGACUUUAACAACUGCAUAGGCUAAAAUUUCUUGGGCAGGAAAAUAUAAAAUGGGCUUUGUUUUUGUUUUAGUAAUAUUGCAAUGUUCUUCAUUGUGAAAAGUAUGUGUGUCAUAGUAAUUUCAGUAAAAAUUUUUUAAAAUAAAAUACAAUUAUUACAGUCUACCAGGGCCUAACUUCCUAAAAAGAUAAACUUAAUUUUUAUAGAAUAAUUAUGAUGAAUUGGCAUACAAAUUGGAAAAUAAUGAAAUUUUUCAUAAAAAGUGAUUUGAAUGAAUUUGUAAGACAUGGGAAGAUUAUGAAAAGAUGUUCAAUUUGUACUUCUGAUACAGGCAUUUGAUUUAAGUUGUGAUGAACCCUAGUAUAUCAAUGAGAGUAGAAUUGCAUCCACAUUUUCUAAAUAGCCAUAAUAAAGAGCGAAAAUGUUUAACUUUACUGAUAAUAAAAGAUGUGCAAAGGAAAACUGUGUGAUCUCUUUUU